AUGUCACUAGUCAGUAAAGGUGGACGUGUGUGCAAUAGGGCAAGCCUGUAUGACGUUGAUGGAGCUUUAGGGCUUCUCCGUCUAUGGUUUUUGCUGAUUGGCGCUCAUAUUCCAUUGCCUUGCGGAGCGGCGUCGCUGCUUUUACCGUUUGGGACCGGCCAUGAGUUCUAUAUUUCUCACUUGCUUGUAUUUCAAUUUCUUUAAUCAUGGUUUUGUUAGGGCUGUUUAUUUGCCUAUGAGGAUAUCAGAUUAUAAAAGAACACCAUCUUUCGGGACUGAUUGACUUCUUUUUGAAGUUUUGUUGAUACUUCUGCAGUUCUGAGGCUUUCUUGAUUUUGUUUGUUUAUAUGUUUGGUUUUGAUUUAAAAGUAAUAGAGGCAGUGACGAACGAGAAUGUCAUGCACCACUCUGAUUCUAGUGCUGAUAACCAUCUCUAACCCAUUUUUUAUCUGAGCCUUUAUUGUGACAUUUGUAUUCUUUGAGGAAGGUUUGGUCCGAGUUAGUGUAGUUGCUGUAUACUAAUGCCUUUGUGGUUUGGCUUUGUUUGUGUGGACGCUUCUACAAAUUGUUUAUACGAUUGGCUUUGAUGAUUUGUUACGAUUAAUACAUAAUGUUGAUGGCAGUUCUAUAAUGGAUUUAUUAUGUCGAUUGAAGCUUUAUUGCCUCACUUGUAGCUGAUGCUGAGGGGUUGAGACAUUGUCCGAUGGCUAAGGUGUUUUGAAGAUUCUGAAGAUUCAAUACCAAUGUCCGAUGGCUAAGGUGUUCUGUAUUCGUCACUUUAUCUUCACAGUUGAGGAUGUUUUAGUAGUUGAAUUUCUUGUAGCCUAUAAUGCUCCGAUUUUUGUUUUAGUUAUGAAUUUGUAAAUUUCACAAUCUAUAAUCUGUUAUAGCUAAUAUGAAAAUUUGUUUUUGCCAAA